AGACAAGCGACAAAUAUGGUAGAUUGUUGAUAAUUGAUAAUGACAGAAAUAAUAUUGGUGAAAUAAAACAGAAAUAACCAGAAACCAGUCGAUGUGUUGAUGUGAAAAUUCACAAGGUAUUUUCCAAACAACUGGUGACGAAGUUAAAAUCAACUGCUAACAAAAUGGACUCUUUGGUUACCCUGAUUGUGAAAGCUCCCAAUCAACAAAUUGAAGAUCAGACAAUAAAGUGCGAACCAUCAUGGACAAUUCAAAAAUUAAAACAACACUUAUCGGAGGUUUAUCCUAGUAGGCCUCCGAAACACGAACAGAAACUAAUAUACUCCGGUCAACUACUGAGUGAUUCAGUAACUCUGAAAGAUGUCCUUCGGCAGUUUGAAGGACAAGAAACUCACACUGUUCACCUUGUGUGUUCCUCGAAAUAUACGAAGGACAUCCAAGACCAACCGCCAGUAUCUCAAGCUAGUACACCAAAUAAUACCAACCAACAGACGAAUACACCUUCACAGAGUCAAGAAACCACGCCCACGGUUACAGCAGACCAAAAUAUACCCAAUGUUCCUCCCAACAUGGCCUGGUUCAACAUGAAUAACCCUCCGAUGACCCCCAUGGAUCCCAACCAGUAUGCCCUACAACUAGCCUGGAUGCAGCAGGCAUACUUUCAGUACAUGACACAGUAUAUGCAACUUGCUGCAAACUCUUUUGCUGCGAAUCCUCAGCAAAUACCGAUCAACGGCGACAUUCCUGGCCAGAUACCCCCCAAUCAAGCGGAACAACCCCCUGCAGUACCAGAAGCGCCCCCUGCUGCAGUCCGAGAUCCUGAAAAUGCGGAAAGGGACUGGUUAGACAUUUUCUACCUGCUGAGCAGAUUGAUGGUUCUAUUCAGUGUGGUUUACUUUUACUCCAGUCCGCUGCGGUUCCUUUUCGUUUUAAUACUGGGCAUCAGUUUGUACUUAUACCAGAUCGGUUUCUUUAGGAACAUAAACAACAAUAAUAAUAACAACAACAACGGCCCCCCCGAGCAAGUCCAGGAGGAGGAGCAAGCUCCUUCACGGUUCACACUCGUGUGGACUUUUUUCUCGACCUUCUUCGCUUCUUUGAUACCGGAAAUUCCGAAUGCUCUUUAGUAGAUAUCCUCGGGAUCAAUUUUAUAAUUGAUUUAGGGUGUUUUUGUUACGGAGAUAUUAGUAUGUGAAAUUUAUCUGAUGUAUCGAAAAUAUACUGUUGUUUUUUGCGAACCGAUCGCUUCAUUGGAUGUUGGAUCGUAUAGGGAAGUAGAUGAAACGUGGGUGUAAUAUUUGUCAAGUGACUUGUAUGUCAUGAAAAUACUCCAGUGUUAGCAAUCUCGAACAGGUUAGGUACAAUUAGGGAGUCUGCUUAAGAUCUACAGGAAGCAGGAUUUUUCAGAUAUAAAGUAUUUUGUCCUGUUCAAUUGUAUUAUAUUUCAUGUUCAACUAAAACUCUUCGGUAGAUUCAAACCUAUUUUUUCAGACCUUUGUCAUGAAGUUUUGCGUAAGUCUCUCAUAAUAUACUGAGGUAGUAUAGGAAUACUUUUCUUCAUCAAACAGUUCACCGAAAUUAUAUCUUGUUAUACUAUAAUUCUCUGGUGAAUUAUAAGAAGUCGGUGAAAUGCAAAAUUUUACUACCAUAGUAAUAUGACAUUUCUAGAAUUUUAUGAUGAUUUAGAAAAGGCACAUUUCAAAAUACGAUACAAGUAUUACUUUCAUCAAACAUGUAAUUUUGUAAACCAUUCUUUGGUAAAUGUUUGGAAUCUUUUUGAAGAUGAAGAAAUCAUCAACAGUAUUGUUCUUCACAACCAGGUUAUGAAAUGGCAAAAAAUUUUGGAGGCCAUAUUUGUGACAUCAUUGGAGGGAAUAAAAGUAGGAAAACUGGUAAAGGGAAAUGUUCGCAAUAUGUUUUCAACAGUUUAUUCAGAUAGAAAGCUUUCAGCAGGGCUUCAUAUGUAGGAGCCGUACCAUUAAAUUUAUCUAAAAGUCACUUGUUUAAAGGUGAACAGAACAUGUUCUAACAGUCGAACUUGGAAUUAAAUCACCAAAAUGACCAUAUAAUCAAUCCAUUUUUGAUUAACUAAAACAUCGUUAGGAAACCUAUUUAAACUCACUUUUCACUGCAAAUGUAAGUCACAAGAUUGUUUUUACAAUUGUUCAGACAAGUUAAAUGUCCAGGCACUUUUUAAAACUAUACUAGAUGCUUAAUGAAACUGAUAAAUUGAAUGAAUUCGUAAGCCACUAUAUAAUAACCUUACUUAUUUAAUGGUAUAAUAGCACGGCGUGAAUUGAGUUUUUGCCCAGUUACACUAUCCGCAUCUCUUUGUGGUAACAUUUUUUCAAACUGAAUACUCCCACAGGUGAAAUAUCAAAAAAAGUUGAGAAAAAAAUUAUUUUUUGACAUAUGAACAUGAGACCUAAUAUGUCUUGUUUAUUUUUUUGUAAGGCUAUCCUGUAUAUUAUGAGAGAUACGAAGUUCAGAGGAAAACACAAAUCAAAAUUGUGCAAUUGCAGAUCAAAAUUAAAAUAAAGGAGUUGAAAAAAAAUUAUGUUACAAACAAUUAUCGUUUCUCAAAUUUAUAGUAAAUCAAGUGAAUACUGAUAUGGUUAGUAUGGAUCCUGCCACCUUUUUUUUUCAGUCUCAUCCGGAACUUAGUCUCUGCUAGAAUCAACAUCUGGUAAAAGUCUCCUAGUAAUUCAUUUCGAGACACUUUAAAUCUCCCCUAAUUGAUAUAAAACAAUAUUCACAUUUCUGAAUGUGUCCUUUGUUAUUUAUUGUUCUCUUCACUUGUUCCGUACUACAUUAACAUUUUUAGGUACUUAUUGUAUUAAAAAAAAUUGUUGCUUUUUUUAUAUCUUCACUCGGAGAUCUGUGAAUUGAAUGUAUACUCUCAUUAUACGCAUCUCUGGAUGUGAUGUGGCUCGUUACAUAUGCUUUUCAUCAUUAAUAUACAUGUACAUAUUUUAUUAUUAGCUGUAGUAAAGAGAUGUGAUUUAUUUAAUAAGAAUAUCUACAUAUA